UAUAUAUAGGUAGGGAGUAAAGAGAAUCGGAACGUUGCGGGAAAUUUAGGAUAAAGAAACCAAUUGAGACGGAGAGAAUCGGGAAAUCCAGAAGUUGUUAGGGUUUGUCUUUUCCCUUUGUUGCUUGAAUCAGUGAAGGAAUCUUCCAAUGGCGGUCCAUCAUCUUCAACAAUGGUUUGAUUCUCGCUUCUGUGAAAGAGCUAGAAGGCAAAACGACAACUUUACCAACUUUUAUAACUUAAUUACCACCACUCCACCCAUUUUCAAAGUCUUUCAUUUUCAUCGAAUAUUAAAAUGGCUGUUCCAAAGGUAAAUCAGAAUUUUCUUGCAGAGCUUGAAUCAAUGGGAUUUCCUUUAGCAACGGCGAUACGAGGUCUUCAUCAUUCUGUACUUCUUUUUAUCAGGUAAUGAUAGUGUAGAGGCUGCUGUGAAUUGGAUCUUUGAGCAUGAAAAUGACCCAGAUAUUGAUCAGAUGCCAUUGGUAACAGUAGAUAUUGAUAUUAAAUCUGAUGAACCAUUCCCUAUUACGGAGGAAAUGAAAAUAAAGGCGCAGGAAUUAAGGAAUCGAACACGGAAGAAGAGGGAAGAUGAAGAAAAGAAAUCAGAAAGACAAAGAGAAAAGGAGAGGAUUCGUGCUGGCAAGGAACUUCUUGAAGCAAAACGAGUCGCAGAAGAAAAUGAAAGAAAACGUAUAUUGGCGUUGCAGAAAAAGGAGAGGGAGGACGAGCAAAGAGCAAGAGAGAAAAUCCGCUGGAAACUAGAACAAGAUAAGCUAGAAAGAGGCUCCAGGCUUGGAUUGCCAUCAAAGAACCCUGCACCUGGAAGACUUUCUACACAUUUGUUGCAGGAAAAAGAGAACUCAUUGCCUGUUAAGACUGUAACAAUGGCAGAGCUCAUGAGAGAGUGUUUAAGGUCUCUUAAGCGAAACCACAAGGAUGAUGAUGGAAAAGUAAGAAGGGCCUUCCAGACUUUGUUGAUUUACCUUGGAAAUGUUGCAAGGAAUCCUAAUGAAGAAAAAUAUAGGAAAAUAAGACUCAGUAAUCCGUUAUUCCAGGAAAGAGUUGGUAGUUUGAAAGGAGGUGUUGAGUUUCUUGAGCUGUGUGGAUUCGAGAGAAGUGAAGGGGGAGAGUUUUUGUAUCUUCCUCAUGAUAAAGUUGACAUGGCAGUAUUGAAUUCAGCUGGUUCUGAAUUGAAGUCUGCAAUUAACAACCCCUUCUUUGGACUUCUACAAUGCUAGAGAAACUAAAGCCCGGGUUUUAAAAGGAAGAUUAAAGUUACAUUUAGACCAUGUUUUAUUUUUUAAUCGAAAAUAAAAAACUCAGAUCUUCAAUUUAGUCAGUCUUCGGAAUAAAUCUCAAAUGCUGAUUCAAUAAACAACAUUCUUAUUUUAUAA